AUGUCCAGCUCGACGCAAUCGCCACGGCCGUCCUCGCCCAUCGCCACGCGGCGCCCUUCCGGCCGUCGAGCCUACUCGCACGCCUCGCGCGUCUCUGCAGCUACUGAUGACGCCACCGACGACGGCUCCGAGGCCACCGCGCCCGCGCAGACCAUCCGCGAUGUGUCGCAGGCGUUUCGAUCCGGCAGGCCCAGCCCGUACCACAUGGCGGUGGUCACGCUGCUCGGAAGCCUAGCAAGCGGAAUGCCCCUCGCUAGCAUGUUCAAGGUGUACACCUACAUCAUGUGCGAGGUGUACGACCCCUCGAUCCGCAACGAGCCCCUCUCGCACAAGUCGAGCCGCCUCGUCGCCGCAGCUCGCAACAUGCUCGCACCGGCAUCCGCAUCCGCAUCUGCGACCGCAUCCGCAUCCGCAUCUGCGACCGCAUCUGCGACCGCAUCUGCGACCGCAGCCAUGCUCAAAUUGCCACCGGCGCCGGAGCUUCCCAAUCCGCCGCGCUGCUCGCUGCCGUGGGUGCAAAAGUCGACGUCGUCCUACUCGGCGGCCAUGGUGACCGUCGGUGCGCUGCUCGGCCUCAUGACGCUCUCGCGCGCCUCGCAUCUGUCGCGCCGCUUCGGCAGGCGCCCGCUGCUGCUCAUCGCGCACGUGGUGAUUGCGCUCGCCAUCCUCGUGUUCCGCGUGGCGGUGGUGCUGCCGCCCGUCGCAGGCGCAGUGGUGCUCUAUGCCGCCGUGGUCAUCUCGGAAGCUUCGGCAGGCGCGCCUCUGCGCAUCGCCAUCCAGAACUACGUCGUAGACACCACCUCGGAAGCACAGCGCGCUGGCGCACUCAGCUUCAUCGAGGGAUUCGGUCAGAUCGGCGCUUUCCCUUCGAGCGCGCUCGGCGGUCUGCUCGCCAGUCUCACCAACGAGUUCUUUGCGCCCUUCUAUGCCGACUGCGCGCUCAUGAUCCUCGCCGUCGCAUACAUCCUUGUGAUUGUGCCCGAAAGCAAGCCGGGCGCCGAACACACGUUUGUCGACCAGUGGAUCCACUCGGACGAGCUCGAGGCGGAUGCGCAGUCGCAGUCGUCAGGCACACAUCCCGAUAACGCAGGUGAAAGCGCGGAGCAGAACCACUCCAACCUCACCUGGUCCUCGUGCCACACCGACCGCGACUCGUCCAAGCUCAAGUGGCGCUCGCGGCUGCGCAAGCUCAACUUUCUGCGUCCGCUCGCCAUCUUUGCGCCGAGGAGGAGGCACUUUUCGCCCACCACGGAGCACGAUGUGAUGCACGCACCUCUCGACACGGCGGACCACGAUCAGCGCCCGGCUCCGGGGCAGCAGGCGGAGCUGUCGACGGCGGUGCACAAGGUGCAGAGCCGCAUGGAUUUCCGGCUGCUCAAUCUGGCGGCGGUGGUGGUGUUUGAAGAGACGUACCAGGCGUUUAUGGUGCCGCUGCUGCUGCUGUACAACAGCGAGCGGUUUGGCUUUGACGUGCUGCAGAACGGCUACCUGGUGAGUGUGCUGCAGAGCACGCGCGCGCUCUUCCUCACCGCCAUCUUCCCGCCGGGUGUGGCGCUGGCGAGGAGGUACGUGACCAAGCUCGCGGUGGCGCGCAGGAGGAAGCAGGUGCGAAAGCUCAAGCAAAAAGCCCAGGCGCACAAUCACGCGCGCACGCCGGGCGAUGCGGGUACAGCAGCCAACGACGAACGUGCACCGCUUGUACGCGGCGCUUCGAGCAAGUACGGUAGUGUGGACGCUCGCGACUAUGGCAAGCAGCCGAGCAGUGCGGGUGCGGAAGGCUCGGUGCAGGCUCGACCCGCACGCCGACGCCCGUCGUACCGGUCCGCAGCGGCAUUGGGCAGUCUCAAGGCGAACAAGCGCACUUCGAUGGCGUCGCAAAUCAGUGUGGGCAGCAACAACUGGGAGACGCAUUCGAUCUUUACCCACUCGCCCUCGGACCUGAUCAAGCGCAUCCAGCGCGGCAAGCUCGACAUUUCGAUCAUGGUGGCGUCGUACACGCUUGCCACCGCCUCGUUUCUCGUCAUGGCCAGCUCUGCCAAAGCACCCACCACGAGCGGUGGGGAUGGGGAUGGCAAGGUGUGGUGGAGCAGUGCGUGGAUUCCACUCGUGCUGGCGGUGGUGUUGCUGCAGAUCUCGGCGGGCUCCACGUCGGUGCGUACGGCGCUGGUGGUGAAUGCCGUAUCGGAGGACGAUCAGACCAAGGCGCUUGCGGCACAUCAGAUUCUCGUGACGACCGUGGCGGCGGUAGUGCCGCUGCUCACGUCGUUCGUGUACGGUGUGGCGCUCGAGCGGGGCCACCCCGAGCUGGUGUGGCUCUUCAAGGCGUUGUUUGCCGCGCUAGCGGCGGUGGGUGCACUGGGGUUGUUUUGGAGCCAUCGAGGGUUCUAUGAAAAGGCGCAUGACGAGGACGAAGAUUCGCACAGCGACGACGACGAGUCGCACACAUAA